AUGGAAAUUAAGGCCGUCGAAAACUAUAAUCUACAUCUAUCGACGGACAUUUGGACAAGCAAAAGAGGUGAUGGAAUCAUGGGAUUAAAGGCACACUAUAUAAAAGAAAUUGAUGGAAGGUGGGAAAUUGUCACGUCAACUUUAUCAGUUCGCCAAUUCAACGAUCGACAUACUGCGGAGAAUGUGAAACUCAAAUUAAUGGAGUGUUUGGCAUACUUGGAUAUUAGUACAGAAAAGAUUGGAUAUCUCGUCACUGAUGGUGCUCACAACAUGGUGUCUGCAUUUCGGGACUGGUUGGAUGACGAUGAGCUUCUUACUUCUCAUGAAGACGAUGAGGGCAAUUUAGCAACCCCGGAUCUAUCAACACUGGAUGACGAUUACGUUAUGGAAACAGACGACAGAUAUGAUAUCGAGAAUGAUCCCGGUGAUGAACAAAUACUGGACGUUCCAUUGGGGCUUGUAUUCCGAAUUUCUUGUUAUGCACAUAAGCUUCAAUUGGUUGCUAAGGAUGCGAUAAAUCAGAAUCCCAAAAGUCAAAAAAUACUCAAAGGCGUUCAUGGAAUUGAGACUGUCUAUGAAACGGUGUCGAAUUUGAUUCUGGAAGCCUGGAUAUCUCCGAGGAGACCGAAAAAUGUUCCUGAGAUUCCAACAAUGCAAGACAUGGAAAUUUUGGUAGAGCUACGAAAUCUCUUGUCCCCCAUUACAGAGGCUACCAACGCUUUACAAGCUGAUGGAAUAACUUCUUGCUUAAUUUAUUAUCAAGUAGUAUCAACAUUUGAUGUGAAUGUUGCUUGCAAUGGAGUUACCAAAUUGGAAACACCCACUGCAGACACAGCUACAAAUUUCCUCCGGAUGCUAAUUUAUCCAAAUGGGCCACCUGAAAAUACUUGUUCUAUACCAGCCCCUAAUGUGAAUGAUCCGUUCUCGAAGUUGGCAUCCAUUACAUACGAACCAGGAUUCUCCUCUGACGAAGUGGACCGUUAUUUGGCUCUUCCACGAAUUCCGUCAUCUUCAAACCCGCUUGAAUUCUGGGCCCAAAAUAAAGUAUCUUUCCCUAAGCUUAGCAAACUUGCACAACAAUUUCUAGCCAUUCCGGCAUCGACAGGCGGCGCUGAACGGUUGUUUUCAUCGACUGGGUCUUUAGGAAGAGCUCGACGAUCAAGUUUACUUCCUAUAACUUUAGAAAACAUGGUUUUACAUAAACAACACCGCCUAUCAACUUUGGCCAAGAAAACUAACGAUCGCCAAAAAUCAAGGAAAAGAAAAAUUGCCACAGGAAGCAGCCCAAGCAAAAACAUGAGGAACGAGAAAGAGGACGAAAUUGUUUUUAAAUGA